ACUAUCUCUACGUCCGUCGACAUUAAUAGAAGCUUUUGUUUGUUGUGUUAAAUUCAUUAUUAUUUCACUUAUAUUUAAUAAUACUUUAAUAUUGUAAUUUGAAAUGGAAUUUAUGUUUAAAUAGUGCGUUCUCUCUGUGAAGUGAAAAUCGUUGUAUCGUUUGAGAAAUUGGGAAAAUGGAUUUCAAAAUUAUUUUUUGUCUACUGUUCUUGGCGUUCAUCAGUUCAGUAUCAUCUGAAUGUGUUCUUACGAGACGGUACAGCAACUGCAACUACACAGUCUUCUGCGAACUGACUGCAGCAUCGGUCAGCAAUCCAUCCUGCGAGAAUGACCCUUACGUUACUUUUGUCAUCACCAAAUCUCGCUUAACCUACCUUACUACCGGCUACUUCUCUUCAACCAACUUCGACUCCCGAGUUCGUGAAAUCAUAGCAAAAGGUAACGCAUGGGAAAUCAUCGAUGGCUCAGGAUUCAGAUAUUACCCAAACACCAUCAAAUUGGACAUAUCCAAUACCAGUAUCGAAAAAAUUUCCAAUGAAGCCUUCAGAAACCUAGUGAAUCUACAAUAUUUAAAUAUUUCUCACAAUUAUAUUAGAACACUAAAUCCCAGAUCGUUUUAUACAUCGGAUAGCGUGACAAAUACAGUAAAAAUAUUAGAUUUAUCAAAUAAUAUAUUAGUCGAAUUGUCAAGUGAAUUGAACCUAAUGCCUAAUUUAAUUAAACUGUACUUACAAAAUAACAUGUUGUCCAGUCUAACAGACGACUCUUUUGUUAGUCUAAAACAUUUGGAGUACCUUGAUUUACGCCAUAAUCGGUUACAAAAUUUGAAUUUAACCUUAAUGAACUUGAAAAUGUUGAAAACAAUUGAUGUUUCUCAAAAUUAUCUUCUUAAACUUUCGGGUUAUGAAACCAAUCGUAUGGUUGGCUUAGUCUACUUCAAUGCAUCCUACAAUAUGAUCACUGCAGUAGAAUCUAAUUGCUUCAACCAAGCGAAAUACUUAGAAUCAGUUGAUUUUAGCAAUAAUUUCAUCAACACGACUAUUCAAAGUGAACUAUUUAAUGCUAAUUCUCGACUCCAUUAUUUAAAUUUUUCUCAUAAUUCUAUUAGAGGCAUACAAGAUAACUCGUUUUCAAAUACAAAUUUAUUUGACAUUAACUUGAAAAAUAACAACAUCAGUGGGAUUUUAAAUGAAAAUACUUUCAAAGGCAUAAUUCAUAUUCCUACGCUAGAUUUAUCUAAUCAAAAUAUAGUCGGUAUAAAGAAUAACACUUUUAGUGGCAUGCGGGAUUUAAUGCACCUUAAUUUAAGUAGAAAUAAUAUAAACGAUAUUGAUAUUUCUAGCUUUAACAGUAAUUCCAUGACUAUAUUAGACCUGUCGUAUAAUAAGAUUUACUACUUAAAUUUCCUACAAAAUUGUUCGCUCAAUUUGACUGAAUUGUAUUUAAAUAAUAAUAAUAUAACUGUCGUGCAAAAGAAUACAUUUGCUGAUCAAAUACAAUUAGUAAAACUAGAUCUUUCAAUGAAUAGAAUUACAUCUAUUGAGCCGAACGCGUUACCGCUCAACAAUCUCCAGUAUCUCAAUAUUGGAGGCAAUAACAUAAAUGGCGUCAUAAAGAAAAAUACGUUUAGUCCAGCAAAAUAUCUAAAGUUCUUAGAUUUGAGUAAUUUUAAUAUAACGAGAAUCGACGACUCUGCAUUCAUCGAUUUAAAUGUAUUAGCUCGGUUAAAUCUUUCAAAGAAUCACAUAGAAAGUAUAGCAGCAAAUAAUUUCAAUGGAGUUAACAACAUGUUCAGUCUAGAUUUAUCGCACAAUAACUUAACGUAUUUCUCAUUCAAUAACAGUGAUUCGACAAAUAAUUUAACAGCUUUAUUUUUAAACAACAAUCGUCUCUCAAACAUAAGUAAACUUUUUCUAAAUACGUCCAAGUUAAUUUACUUGGAGUUGUCUAAUAAUAACAUAAGUGACACAACAUCUAUUGGCUCUCAUCUAUUUCCUAACCUAAAAGUGUUACAUCUUGGAAACAAUAAAAUUAAUGAAUUCAAUAAUCCAGAAACUGAUUCUCUGACUACUCUGCUUGACUUAGAUGUGUCUUCCAAUGAACUUAGAGAUAUAAACUUAAGUUAUUUCAAAGAACUGAUGUCUGCAAAUCUUGGCAAUAAUAAACUUACACAUGUAAAUGGUACGUCGUUUAGGAAUAAUGAAUAUUUGCAAUCACUAGAUGUAAGUAGAAACAACAUCACUGACUUACCACCAGGCACGUUUCUGUUGAUGAAAAAUCUAAAGUUACUGAACGUGUCUUCCAAUUACUUGACGAAACUUCGUUUUGGGAGUCUUAAAGGCCUUCACAAGACAGAAGUGUUAGACUUAUCAAAGAAUUAUAUAUCUGUACUAGAUGUUGAUGUGUUCCACGAUUGUGAUGACUUAAAAACUUUGAUAAUAGAUUACAAUCGUAUCAAAACGUUGGAUGUGGAAAGACUGAUACUUAUCCAUGUGAGAAAACUGAGAACUUUGAGUUUAGGUGGUAAUCCUAUAGCUUGUAAGGAGAUUGUUCAUAAUAUUAAGGCUAUUAAUGUAAGUUCUUAUACUGUAAGAGAGGUGGAAGUUACUGCUGUUGACAAAAUAUACCACGAAGAUAAUGUUCAUGGUAUUAAGUGUGGAGAUGAUGGUAUUGAUGAUAGGAACAACGCUAGUGAUGCCAAAGCAAGGAAUUCGACUGGUAUCAGCCCUCCACCUGUAUUACCACCUCUAUCUAGUACUGCAGUCUUAGUAUGGUGUUCCAUAUUGACCUUAUUGUUUAUAGGAGUUGGACUAUUGAUUUACAUAAAAGUUUUCAGACACCAAGAUUAUGCUAUUAGCAAUAAUUUAACGAUGCAAAUGAGAAAUUCUAUUGUCUCAGAAACGUCUGAUUUUCAAAGGGACCUUUUGAGUUAGAUACUAGAGUUACUGAUUAGAUUUAAGUGCUUUGUUGACUGUUAUGUUGGCCAAGUGA